AUGCAAGGUUUUAAAGGGCUCUUGUUAGCACUAGCAUUAGUUCAAUUUUGUAUGGCUGAAACGCCUUCUCCAUGCCUGCCUCUUACUUCUCCAUCAAUAGGGUUUAAUGCCGUCUUCUAUCCUUAUGGGUUUAGAGACGAUACGUCGCUGAGAAACUUGAACUAUAUGAACGGAGGCUAUAAGUCGUUGAAACCAAUUGCUCUGACAUCUGGAAUUACAGAUAUAAAUUUUGGUAUAGCUAAGGGUAGUGACCUGGUUGUUAAGGGCCAAAUAUACGGGAAAACUGUGACAGUUUCAAACUUUAGUGUUGAACUUACUGGUUACUUUCUUGCCCCAGAAACUGGUGACUACCAACUCCUGAUGUCUGUAGAUGACGGAGCUUUGGUUACAUUUGGUGCUGGUCAGGCAUUCGGGUGCUGUAACACAGUGUCAACAUCCAAUGACGGUAAUUAUGCAAUAUUCGCCCAUUGGUAUUCCACAUCUAAUGCUCCAGGGCAAACAGUUUCUACACAACAUCUUACUGCUGGAUAUUACUAUCCUAUGAAGAUAUUUUAUGUGAAUAUGCAAAAUCCGAUGAGUAUGACUUUUAGAGUCACUACACCAAGCGGAAAUGUGAUUACCAAUUUUAAAAAUGUUUACACCUUUACAAAUACGGAUAUUUCUUGUCCUGCUGUCAGACCCACAACCACAGUCACCAAGACAUGGACUGGUACCAAUACACAAACAACCACUAAAAUUGCUACGUCGUUCGGCACCGACACAGUUGAAAUUGACAUUCCUAUCCCAACAGUGACCACCACCAAGACGUUUACUGGUACAGCUAUUUCAAAUACCACCAAAUCAGCAUCUGUUGGGGGAACUGCGACUGUUGAAGUAGUUGUCCCAAUACCCACAAUUACCACCACCAAGACGUAUACCGGAACCUCGAUAGUCACCUCGACAAUUACGGCACCUAUAGGCGGAACUGCAACUGUUGAGGUUGACGUUCCAAUUUCAACAGUGACCACCACUAAGACUUAUACUGGAGCCACGACAGUCACCUCGACAAUUACGGCGUCUGUUGGAGGAACUGCGACUGUUGAAGUAGAUGUUCCAGUCCCCACAAUUACUACUACUAAGACGUAUACUGGGUCUGAUAUGACAACCGUAAAUCACACUGUACCACCUGGGGAAACAGCCACUGUUGAAGUUGAUAUUCCUAUUCCAACCACUAUCAUGAUCAAAACCUGGACAGGAUCUGAUAUUACAACUAUAACCCACACUGCAUCACCCGGAGAAACUGUUACGGUUGAAGUUGAUGUCCCAAUUCCAACCUUUACGACAACGAGAACAUGGAAUGGUUCUGAUAUUUCGACUACUACUCACACAGCGUCUAUCGGCGAUAAUGCUACAGUUGAGGUCAAUGUCCCUAUUCCAACAAUUACCACGACCAGAACAUGGACUGGAUCUGAUAAGACAACUGUAACUCACACUGCACAACCCGGGGAAACAGCUAUUGUUGAAGUGGAUGUUCCAAUCCCAACUGUCACAACUACUAGGACAUGGACAGGCUCAGAUAUUUUGACAACCACUCAUACUGCACCACCAGGAGGAACAGCUACUGUUGAGGUUGAUACUCCAAUUCCAACUUUCACCACAACUAGAAUAUGGACCGGAUCAGAUAUUUUUACUACUACUCAUACAGCAUCAAUAGGCGAGAAUGCUACAGUAGAAGUUAAUGUCCCUAUUCCAACAGAAACUAUUAUUAAAACUUGGACCGGAUCAAAUGUAGUAACAACGACUCAUACAGCAACUGUCGGCGGUACUGCAACAGUGGAAAUCGAUGUUCCAAUUUUAACUGUUAUUACCACCAAAACAUGGACAGGGUCUGAUGAUACAAUUAUAACAAUACCUGCAGAAUCAGGUGGAAAUCUUACUAUUGAAUACAACGUUCCCAUACCGACUGAAACUAUCACUCAAACUUGGACAGGCGAGGCCACCUCAGUGACCACAAGAACAGCAUCUAUAGGCGACACUGCCACUGUCGAGAUCAAUGUGCCUAUUCCAACAAUCACUACAACUAGAACAUGGGCUGGAUCGGAUAUGACAACAGUGACUCACAGUGCACCACCCGGAGAAACAGCUACUGCCGAGAUAGAUAUUCCUAUUCCAACCUUAACAACAACCAGAACAUGGAAAGGUAAUGGUACUAGAACCAUUACACACACUGCUCCAGCUGGUGAAACUGCAACUGUUGAAGUCGAUCUCCCAGUCCCAACAGUUACUACAACGAAGACAUGGACCGGUACUGGCAUAACCACUGUUACUUACACUGCUCCACCGGGUGAAACAGCUACUGUUGAAGUUGAUGUUCGUAUCCCAACUUUCACCACAACUAGAACAUGGACCGGAAAUGGUACUAGAACCAUUACACAUACAGCAUCUGUUGGAGGAAAUGCUACUAUUGAGAUAGACGUUCCAAUUCCAACAGUCACCACCACAAGGAGGACAUGGAUUGGGUCUGAUAUGACACCUGAUAUGACAACAAUAACCCACACUGUACCACCCGGAGAAACAGCCACAGUUGAAGUCGACGUUCCAGUAAAUUCGAAUUCGUCAAUUUCUAGUAUAUCUCCAUAUUCCAGUGUACCAAUGACAUCGUCAUUGGCAUCCUCAACUAUAAUUGGUGGGGCAGUUGAACCAUCUAGAACGUUGAAUUCAACAGUAUUAAGCGUACGAACUACAUCACCCCAUGUCUCCUCAGAUAUUAGUAGCGAGUCCUUGGUAUCAUCUAGCUCACUGAAUCCAACAGUAUCAAGCGUACCAACUAUAUCACCCCAUGUCUCUUCAGAUAUAAGAAGCGAGUCAGCGGUAUUAUCUAGCACAUCGAAUGCGAAAGUUUCCAGCAUGCCAGUUUCGUCAACCAUAUCUAGUUCUAUGAAACCAAGCUCGAUCGCAUCUAGUGAAUCAGAUGUUCUGUCUAUAAUAUCCUCAAUGCCUGUUGUAAUUAGUUCAUCUUCACAUCGUUAUUACGGGAAUUCGUCAUACCUACAAUAUUCCACAAUGAAUCCAAUUUCUUCAUCAAUAUCCUCAGACUUUAGCAGUCAUACCACAAGUAACUAUAUCACUCCAACAUCUUCCAUGAAGGUCGUUUCUGAAAGUUCGAAAAAUAUAGAAUCAAUAGCUAGUAGUGGGACUAAUGAAUCCACUUCAGUGAUGGGAUCAUCGGAACCACUAGUAAGUCCCGUGUCAAGUAGCAAUCCAAGGAGUGAGAACAGUGAACAGAUUAGCACAGUAUAUCCAUCCUCCUCUAUUUCCGAAACAUUUGUGACAUCUGCUGCUAACCCAAUUACUAUUCCAUCUCCUACUACGUCACACAACCGAGAACUGACAAUUCUGCUAACAGAUCAUACGACUCAUAUUGUGUCAUCACUUUCAACUUCAGAUUCAACGGAUUUCUAUCCCAUUAUUCCAAAUGAAAAUGCUUCUCAAAGAAAUUCAAAUGAAUUAUCCACCAAUUCUAAUAGUGCAACGGGAUACGGAGAAAACGCUGGUGAAAAUAAUACCCCAACACCUAUUGUCGCAGAGCUGCCUACUAUUACAACAACAACCCAGAAUACAAGCUCUUCUAACAAAGAUAGUGAAAACUAUAAAACGAGCGAAACUGUGACCAGUGAAGUCUCUAGUACCACCACUAGCAUUGAACCUGUUGGAACUAAUAGCGCACCUCAUAAUAACGGGUCCGGUAAUGUAUCUAAUAAUGGUUCUGGUGCUGAGUCUAAUGGUGGAUCUGAUAAUGCAGCUGGUGCUGAGUCGUCUAAUAGUGGCUCUAAUAAUGGAUCUGGUGACAAGUCUAAUAGUGGAUCUAAUAACGUAACUGGUAAUGACCCUAAUAAUGGACCUCACUCCUCGCCAAUUGAAACAAAUGGAAGUGCAACCACAUCUUCGAUUGAAGGUACUUCCAACCCAUUCAUCUCCGAGCCAGCUUCAACCAGGGCAUGGGAAACUUCGACUUCUGGCUUUAAGACUUCAUCAUCUUCACCAUCGUCCAUGAGUUCAGUUCCUACUGUCGCACCAAUGACGGGGUCUGGUUCGUUCACAAAACAUAUUUCCUUAACAACUUUAAUUUUGAGUAUGUUGAUAGCCAUGAUAGUUUAG